AACUACAGCUGAGUAAUGUAAUUGCCGAUCAAUAUGAAUUACAAACCAGGGAUGGAAAACUUUCUGCGUUUGUAAAUUUUUAUGCGGUUUUUUUGCGUUUCUUCUAAUUCACACAUACUUUGUUGAAAAUUAAAUUGAUAAAACUUGCAUGAAACUAAAAAUAAAAGAUUUGGUUAGAAGAAAAUAGAAACUUCUACAGUUUAUUCUACAAUGCAAUUUUCCAUCCCUGUUGUUAUGGAUUUGGUUCUAAAUUAUUUUUAAUUUAGUUAUAAUGUUUUUACCAAAAAUAUGGAUAAUAUGUCGAGUAUGUUUGCAACAACAAGAGGAAAUGUAUAAUAUCUUCGAGGAUAAAGUGGUUACAAAUAUUUCAUCCUUAUUAAGGGAUUGUGGUGGAGUGGCGGUCAGAAAAAAUGAUAAUAUGCCAGAUAAAAUCUGUGAAGCAUGCUUAAGAAGAUUAUGUAAGGCCAAUAAUUUUCGUAUGGACUGUCAAAGGGGACAUCGUGAACUUGUACAAAUUCUUAUAGAAAGAAGUAUUAAUUUAUAUGAAUUGGAUUUAGAGGAGGAGAAGAGAAAUUGUAGUGAUGUUAUUACGAUUUCAGAUUCAAAUACUAAUUACCGAGUUUCUAGCUUUAUAUCAAACUUGUAUGUACCAAUUACUACUGAAUUAUCAGAAAAUGCUGAAAAUAUAGUUAUAACUGAAACUAAUGAAGAAAAUGAUAUGGAAAAUCCAGCUAAAAGUUACGAUUAUAUUAAGCAAUAUCAUGUAGUACCAAAGAGGAAUACUAAAGAAAAAGAAAUUAUGGAAACAACUACAAAACCAAUUGAAAAAGAACCCAUUAUAUUGUUAUUAAAAUUAAAAAAUACUUCGCCCAAACAAAGUUCAACAAAAAGAAAAGUAAAGGAUCCAGAUACUAAAAUUUCAAGAAAAGCUAAGGAAAAUACGGAAGCUCCAGAUAAAAUUGAAUCAAAUAUAGAAAAUGAAAAGGAAAAAUUAGGAUCGGAAACUCUUAUAAAUGAGAAAUUGAAAACAAAAUCGAACAUUACCAAUAGGUCUAAAAAAGGAACUGUAAAGUACACUUGUAGAAUUUGUAAGAAAAAAUGUGGUACUUAUGUCCUAUUACGUCAUCAUAUGUACACCCACAAUAGACCUCAUCAGUGCAAAAUUUGUAAGAAAAGUUUUAGUCAAAUUCAGACAUUUUUAUGCCACAAUAAUCUACAUACCGGAAUAAAACCAUACUACUGUAGGUUUUGUUAUAGAUCAUUCUCAGAUAUAACAAAUCGUAAUUGUCAUGAAAGGACUUUGCAUAAAAACCAGGAAUAUAAAUGUGAAAAAUGUAAUAAAAUAUUCAGAUUCAUAACGCUAUUAGAGAAACAUGCUCAGAGCCAUAGACAGAAAAAAUGUUAUAUUUGUAAUAAAGAGUUUGCUUCUCUUCAGAUGGUACGUAAACAUCAUCAAGGACAACAUUUAAAGUUAACAAAUUAUAACAAAAAUUAAAUUUUUCUAAAACCAAUUUAUUAAUAAUUUGUAAUUAUUGUUACAUAUUUUUAAGUAUAAACAAAUUAUGGUGAAAUUUUGUGGAGUUUGAGAUUUAUUGAAUUGAAAUUUUUACCCGAAAAACUUUUAAACAUAUUUUAUUAUAAA